UCUAAUUCAUCACUUAUUUAGAUAACACCAUCAUAACUAAUCGUAAGUUCUAUAAUAUAACAAUUUCAUCAUAGCCAUGAAAAUAAUUUUUGUAAUCUCAACAACCAUUAUAAGCGUGGUUUUGGGCUUAGAUUUGACCAAAAGUACUGUAACUGAUGGGAAAUUAUUUAGAAGAAAUAUAUUCCAGGAUGCAUCUAAGACAGCACCCGGAGUGGAUUGUGCAAAUAUAGUGGGUAGUAAUAAGGCUGUAGAUAGCGCUGCAGCAGUAAAUUCUGCUGCAACAAAUAGUGCUUCAAAAACGACUAAUGGUGCAAAGAACACAGCUGGAAUGAUGAAACCAAAUGAAAUACAACAGGGAGGAGUAUCUACUGCCACUGGUAUAGCUUCUACUGCAACUGGAUGCGCUAGUAUAAUGAAACGAGACACAUAUAGUCAACCAUCAUUAAAUAAACAAUGCAAGUUGAAUAAGGAACAAAGUAUUUCGUCAUCGGAUGCAUCACUUGAUGAGGUUGAAAUUAAAAACGGAAAAGAAACGGAAAAAGUAAUUGAUAAAUCAUUGAAUUCCGCGGCAGAAGUACAAUGUUCUUCUAACGACGAGAUUAACAAAUCGGUAAAUAAAAAUAGCGAAUCUUCGUCUUCAUCAUCUGACUGCGGAUGUGAGAAAAUCGGUGAAUCAGUAAAUAAUAAUAUCCAGUGAUUAAUAUUUGAUACUCACCAUUUUGUAUCAAAAGGCGAAAAUAACUAUCGUUUUUAAAUUUAAAUUAAAAUAUAAAGCAUUUAAUUUAUAAAGUCAAAUGUUUAUUUAGAACUGUUUAUUUGAAUUGUCUAUCAAGAAUCGUAUUAUAUAAUCGUAUGAUAUAUUACUAAAAUAUUCAAUAAACGUAUAUUGAUUGUUAAUAA